GGACAGGAUAAUCAUUUUUUCAAAAUUUAAGGGUGUCCCGGAUUACCAAUAAUUUUUUUUUUAUCCAUACAAAACUACUACCUAGGGUUGGAUAAUCGUUUUCCCAAAUUUUAGGGGUGUCCUAGGACUGGGAGGCCCUUCUGAAUAUUAAGGAGGCCUCCAACUGGGUUUGUUAGUUAAUUUCAUCGUAUACUGUAUUGGUUGUAUUUGUGGUGUACGAUUAAUGGAUUACUAUUUAUGAUAAUGCCAGUGCUAGUCAUUGGUAGACAAGAGGCACUUGUAAAUUGUAAUGAAUGUUAAAGUUCUACUAGCUUAGUAGGUAUAAAAUGCAAAACUUACUCGCGCGCUCGCUACCGUAUUUUACUAACUAUAUUUUUUUGCAGGUUGUUUUAAACAUUAGCCGCAUGCUGAUGUCGGUGGGGAUCACCAUCAUUUCAAGGGCGGCUUUUGGGAAGCUGCAGAAGCAAGAGGAAGCCUUCUUACCAGUGUUGCACGACAUAACAGAGGCGUUUGGAGGAUUUGAUGUGGGGAGCGUAUUUCCGUCCAGCAAAUUCCUACGCCGACUAAUCGGAGCCGAGAGACGGGCACACAAGAUUCACCAAGAAGCAGAUGCCAUCCUGCAAGCUAUAGUCGAUGAGCAUAUAGCAAGGGCAGGAGGAGCUCAACAAGAUCACGACGUUGUUGAGGCUGCGGAAGAUCUUGUCGACGUGCUUUUGAAGUACAGAGAGAAUCCAGAACUCGGAUUCCCUUUCACUAAUGUCGAGAUUAAAGCUGUCAUCAUGGACAUGAUUCUUGGUGGCGGUGAAAUAACAGCUACGACCGUGUCAUGGGCUAUGUCAGAACUGAUGAGACAUCCGCAUAUCUUAGAGAAAGCAAACAAAGAGGUGAGACGAGUUUUCGAUGGGAAAGGAACAGUAGACGAGGCAGGGUUUGCCGAGCUAAACUAUCUCAAAUCAAUUUUGAGAGAAACUCUAAGGCUACACCCUCCCGCCCCUCUGUUAGUUCCUUUAGAAUGCCAGGAAAGGGUUGUGAUUGCGGGAUACGACAUACCCAAAAAAACAAGGGUCUAUAUCAAUGUGCUGGCUAUCGGCCAAGAUUCUCGUCACUGGGCCGAACCUCAAGAGUUUUGUCCGGAAAGAUUUCUCGAUCGUCCGGAAGCCAGCGACUACAAGGGAACAUGUUUUGAGUACAUCCCAUUUGGCGCGGGGAGAAGAAUGUGUCCGGGGAUCCUCUUCGGCAUGACUUUUGCCAAAAUUAUGCUUGCCAAUCUGCUUUAUCAUUUUGAUUGGAAACUCCCGAACGGAAUCAAGCCUCAAGAUCUCGACAUGUCUGAACGUUUUGGCAUUACCGUGACAAGGAAAAAUGAUCUGCAUCUCAUUCCGAUUCGCUGUCACCCUAAAACAGUGUAAUCGUACUUUAUGGCCAUUAAAUCAUUUGUACCAAUAACUUGUGGCAUUUCUUUCCCUGAUUAACUAGCAUGUUCUUCAGCCAAUUAGUACAACAACUAUUUUCUUUCUCAUCGUCCUUCGAGUCAUACUUCGGGUCAAGGGAUACACACAUAGAGAGGGAAUCGACUAUUCGGACACAUUUGCUCUCAUGGUCAAAAUUAUUACAAUGAGAGGUUGUUUUUAACAGCUAGUUGCUUCAAUAAGAAAUUGACAUUUUCAUCAGUUGGACAUUAACAAUGCAUUCCUAUAUGGUGAACUCAACAAAGUUGUUUAUAUGAAGCUUCCUCCAAGUGUUGUCAGUCCUCCCAUCCCAAUGAUGUGUGCAAAAUCAACAAGGCACUAUAUUGACUAAAGCAUGCUUCUCGACAAUGUUUUUCAGAACUUUCAGACAGUCUGAUUAAAGAAGGAUAUAUGCAUAGUAUGGUUGAUCAUUCACUCUUCACUAGAGUUACUCGCACAUCUUUCACAAUAACUCUUAUUUAUGUUAAUGACAUGAUAGUUGGUGGAGAUCAUCUGGUAAAGAUAGCUCGCAUUUAAGGUCAUCCCUUCAUCAUACCUUCAUCAUUAAGGAUCUUGGUAACCUCAAGUAUUUCCUUUGACUCGAAGUUGCUUGUAGUCCAAAGGGUUGCUUGUAGUCCAAAGGGAAUCCAUCUCUCACAGAGGAAAUAUUUGGUGUCAAACAAGUCACCACUCCAAUGGAUUACAAAACUCACUUACAGGUUGAAGAUGAUAUUGAUCUUGUUGAUGUCAUUGCUUAAAGAAGCUUAUUAAUUGGUAAGCUCACAUACUUAACCAUAACUUGUCUUGAUUUAAGCUUUGCAAAUCAACAAGUCAGCUAAUCCAUGUGCCCUCCUACUAUCACUCAUCAGAAAGUUGUCACUCGCAUUCUCAUAUACAUCAAGAAACACUGGAUAUUGAUUUGUUAUUUCCUUCUCAUUCUUCUCUUGAUCUCUAAGCAUUCAGUGACUCGGAUUGGAGCACAUGUCCUCUUUGCUCGUUGUGCUGCAAAUUACCAAAACCUUAUAAAUAAAAGCACGACACGAAUGAGUCGUCGUCGAACAAUUGAUCAUUUCAUGGUUAUGCUAAGAUAACAUGGCUUAUUGCUAGCCUAUGUGCUUAGUAAGAUAUCACAAUACUGGAUGCACAUGUUCUCUACGCCUAGGAAGGUUUUGCAAAUGAAUGAACAAAUCAACCGUCCAAGAAUAUAAAAUGGGUCACAAUUUCUAGAGAAAAAUAGAGCAAUAAUAAUAAAAGAAAUUGUCUUACUUCGACACAACAAGAGUAUUUUAUUGACAAAUUUAGUGAUUUACAAUGGAUACGGAUGAGAUAGCUGAGGAAAACAAUUUAUAAAAGAAGAUUUUAAGUACGCGCUUACUUGUUACAUGAAUAAAAUGAGGUUCAACAUAUUAUUAUGGUUCUUCAUUAUCUGUAUAUGGGCUCUUCUUCCUAGAUGCUCAUUUUCUAUGGAUAUUUAGUUUCGAUUAUAAUUUGUUGUGGGAGAUUUGAAAUGAAAAAAUUAAUUUGAAUUCUGAGUCAAUAUUAUUUUAAUUUGGUUUUUCUUUUUUCACUUUAGGACAAUAGAUUCACAUUUCGCGGGAUAUGCAUGAAUAUUUUUAGCAUUGCACCAUGGCUUCACCUUCAUUGUUAGUCACUGUCCGUUGAGACGUCAUUGCAUCUCUCUUCGGUUCCAAAAUCUUCACCAGCCAUUUUUAAUUAAGUGUGAAACAACCGUUUACUGUCUAAAUGACUUGAAAAUGUAGUUUGCUUACAUAAUUAUAUAACUGCACUACUGCUACGGAGUGUGAUUGAAUGAAAAACAAUAUACCAGUCCAAGAAGACAAGAGAGAUGAACAAUUGUAGAAAGUGGGUUAUAUGAUAUCAGCUAUAUUAUGUCUUUUGCCUGUAUCUUCUGGCAAAACAAGGACAAUUAAAGAAAUAAUCUUUC